UACUAAUCAGGUGGAGUUAACAUUUUCUCACCCAGGAACACGGCCACAGCCAAAGCUCCGAUGCUGAGCAAGCGAGUAGGAGAGAAGGAAAGUAAAGUGAUCGAGCAAGUGACCGCACAAGUGUAAAUCUCGGACCGGCUUUUACUCGAAAGAUGGACCUGGACAUGGACGAGAUUGCUCAACAUAUGGACGUGAGUCACAGGCAAGUCUGCAUCGACCUGGAGAAGGCCACUCAAUACAUCACACAAGUGUUACAGCAUGAAGUAGGAAGGAACCAUGAGCUCUGCGUGUUGAUUCGUCGUCUAGAAGAGAGGGAGGCGGAGAUUGGACGGAUCCUAACAGAGCAGGCGGAGUCAAACCGACAGCUGAGACUGAAUAUCGAUGAACUACAGAAACACCUGGAGGAAAAAGACAACUCACUGUCACAAGCCAACCAGACUGUGGCUUUCCUGAGGAAUGAACUGAGGGACGUGCAUCAACAGCUACAAAGCCAACAAAUAAAUCAUAGGACAUACCAGGACACGGAUGAGUGGCUGCAGGGUGGGGAGAGUCAGCUCAAGAGUCCACCGUUCUCGUCUGAUGGCCAGAGGUGGCGGGAGGCUUCAGUCUCUGAGAUUAAAGAAGAAGAUGCUGAUGAGGACGAUGAUGGAUAUGGAGAGUACAGCCAGCCUGAAGAGAGAACUGACCCCGGAAAAGAACAGACCCUCUCUUCAGCUGCCAUUAAAACUGAACUGAUCCAGGAAGAGGACGACAAAUCAAACAUGCCUCCAGUCCUCUGCUGCAAAACGGACCUGUCCCCCACAGACCCCAUGUCUCUGGCCCAGAUAAGGGGGGUCUCCGUGCUGUUGGUGGACUACUGUAGGACACAAGGGCAGCAAGGGACGGAUACGGAGAACAGCAGAGAUGGAGAACAACCUGAGACAUUGAAAUGGAAGGAGCCUUGUACCUCAUCCUCAGCUGCAUUCUCUGGGACCCCUACAUCCAGCUGCACCCAGCAGACUGCUGUCUCCUCCGCCUCUUCCACAGAGCCAGAGGAAUCCGGAAGAUUCUUCGACCCUCUGUGUGACGAAGGCUUCAGCUCCCCGCUCAAGCUGCAUCAGCGCAUCCACACAAGAGAGAGGCGGCACCACUGCACUCAGUGUGGCAAGAGCUUUAUUCGAGAGGGACAUCUCAAACGACACCAUCUCAUUCACACAGGAGAGAGGCCGUACCACUGCACUCAGUGUGGCAAGAGCUUUACUCUAGAGGGAGAUCUCAAAAAACACCAGCGCACUCACACAGGAGAGAGGCCGUACCACUGCACUCAGUGUGGCAAGAGCUUCACGCUACAGCACCAUCUCCACCUUCACAAACGCAUCCACACAGGAGAGAAGCCGUACCAGUGCGCUCAGUGUGGCAAGAGCUUCACUCAUGAGGGAAAUCUCAAAGUACAUCACCGUAUUCACACAGGAGAGAAGCCGUUUCACUGUACCCUGUGUGGCAGGAGUUUUUCUGUAAAGGGAAAUUUGAAAAGACAUCAGUGUAUGGUCAUUGGGGACAAUCUGUAGCAAACACACACACACACACACAGACACACACACAGACACACACACAGACA